AUGUCACUGUCCACAGCACAUAAUAGAAGUAAUUAUCGUAUUCUUGACAUUCCUUCUUCCCAAAAGAGCUCAUCAAGGAAUGUCCUCACCCAUAGUAGCAGACUUAAGCUACAUUUGAAGUCGGAUUUGUCAGAAUGUGAAAAUGAUGAUCCUUUAUUGAGAUCUGCAAGUAAAAUCAGAGAUAUAAAUAACACGUAUGUUAUCUCUGCGUGCAAACAACCAGAUCUUCCCUGUACCCCUAACUCAGUAGAUAGAUUGACACUUCAGAGAAGAGUUACAAGAAGCAAAGAGUCAUCUUUGCUUGAUACUGAGUUGGUGGACUCCACAGAAAAAACAGAAACUCGUCUCACGUUACAACGUCGUGCUAAAGUGGAUUCUGGGGGAAAGUGGAGAACAAGGCAGAAGGUGGGAGAAGAAUCAGAGAAUAAACAUGCUUCCCAGGAAACUAGUGCCAGUGUAAAAAUUGUAAAUAAAAAUAAAAACUCUUCUAUUGUCCCUUUUGCUGAAGACCCAGAAGAGAUCAGAAUAAUGGCUGAUGAAAAACACAAAACGUUUUCUGCCCUCCGUGGGGCAAAUGAGAAGGAUGCACUUAAGUACUUGAGAGCACCCACUGGUUUCCAGAAUCAGAGUGGAGCUACUAAUUCAGGACAUUUGGCCACAAAACCCACUCAGAGCAAGCUGGAUGUCAACGUGUCGGUACUGGGGAACUCCUAUCAGAGAAGUGCUGGGAAGGACGCUGUGAAAAGCUCAAUUACAUUUGGAAGCUUAGAGCAAAGAACACCUUCUAAAUAUAUUACUGAGCACAGAUCCACCCCAAAGUGCAGCACACCUCUGUCUAAGAGCCCAGCGGCAUCCAUACUGAAAAAUAGCAUGUCUGGCCUUCAAGUUAAACAAAAGCCAAAAAAUUCUCUUUUCGAAAAUAAAUGGGGAAGGUCACAGGAAAAUACAUUCCCUCCUGAAGAUGAAACUGCGGUUCAGAACUCUGCUGUAACAGAUCCCUUAAAAGUGGAGAACAGUCAGGUGACAGUGGCUGUCCGCGUGAGGCCCUUCAGCAUGAGAGAGAAGAUUGAAAAAGCACCUCAGGUGGUCUUCCUGCAGGGGGGCGAAAUAACUGUGGAACAUCCAGACAUGAAACAAGCUUAUCACUUUAUUUAUGAUGUUUCAUUUUGGUCUUUUGAUGAAUGUCAUCCUAACUACGCUAGUCAGACGACUGUGUAUGAGACACUAGCAGCACCCCUCCUCGAGCGAGCCUUUGAAGGCUACAAUACCUGUCUCUUUGCUUAUGGUCAGACUGGCUCUGGAAAAUCCUAUACGAUGAUGGGAUUAAGUGAAGAACCAGGAAUAAUUCCAAGAUUUUGUGAAGAUCUUUUUGCUCAAGUAGCCAAAAAACAAACCCAAGAGGUCAGGUAUCACCUUGAAAUGAGCUUCUUUGAAGUAUAUAAUGAAAAAAUUCAUGAUCUUCUGGUUUGUAAAGAUGAAAGUGGACAGAGAAAGCAACCACUGAGAGUAAGGGAGCAUCCUAUUUCUGGACCAUACGUUGAAGCUCUGUCAAUGAAUGUUGUCACUUCUUACACUGAUAUUCAGAGUUGGCUAGAAUUGGGAAAUAAACAAAGAGCAACUGCUGCUACUGGAAUGAAUGAUAAAAGCUCCCGAUCCCACUCGGUUUUCACCUUGGUGAUGACCAGGACAAAGACAGAAUUUGUGGAAGGGGAGGAACAUGAUCACAGGAUAACAAGCCGCAUAAACUUAAUAGAUCUGGCAGGCAGUGAGCGCUGCUCCACAGCUCACACCAGUGGAGAUCGACUGAAGGAAGGUGUGAGUAUUAACAAGUCCCUGCUAACUUUAGGAAAAGUUAUAUCUGCACUCUCUGAACAAGCAAACCGAAAGAGAAUUUUUAUUCCUUACCGUGAAUCUGUGCUGACAUGGCUACUAAAAGAAAGUCUGGGUGGAAAUUCAAAAACUGCAAUGAUUGCCACCAUCAGUCCCGCUGCCAGCAACAUUGAAGAGACGCUAAGCACACUCAGAUAUGCUAACCAGGCCCGUAUGAUAGUCAACAUCGCCAAAGUAAACGAAGAUAUGAAUGCUAAGUUAAUUAGAGAAUUGAAAGCAGAAAUUGAAAAGCUAAAAGCUGCUCAAAGAAACAGUCGGACUAUUGACCCUGAACGAUAUAGGCUCUGUCGGCAAGAAAUAACAUCCUUAAGAAUGAAAUUGCAUCAGCAAGAGAGAGACAUGGCAGAAAUGCAAAGAAUGUGGAAAGAAAAACUUGAACAAGCUGAAAAAAGAAAGCUUCAAGAAACAAAAGAGUUACAGAAAGCAGGGAUUACAUUUCAAAUGGACAAUCAUCUGCCAAAUUUGGUCAAUCUCAAUGAAGACCCUCAGCUGUCAGAGAUGCUAUUAUAUAUGAUAAAAGAAGGAACCACCACAGUUGGAAAGUAUAAGCCCAACUCAAGUCAUGAUAUUCAGUUGUCUGGGGUGCUGAUUGCUGAUGACCACUGCACCAUCAGAAACUAUGAUGGGAUAGUGAGUAUCAUCCCAACUGGAGAAGCAAAGACUUAUGUAAAUGGAAAAUAUAUUUUGGAACCCACAGUGUUACACCAUGGUGAUCGGGUGAUUCUUGGUGGAGAUCAUUAUUUUAGAUUUAAUCAUCCAGUAGAAGUCCAGAAAGGAAAACUUACAUCUGGUAGAGAUACUCUUACAAGUGAAGAUCCAAAAGACUUUGACUUUGCAAAGAAUGAAUUGCUCAUGGCCCAGAGAUCACAACUUGAAGCCGAAAUAAAAGAGGCCCAGUUGAAAGCAAAAGAAGAAAUGAUGCAAGGAAUCCAGAUUGCAAAAGAAAUGGCUCAGCAAGAGCUUUCUUCUCAAAAAGCUGCAUAUGAAAGCAAAAUAAAAGCCCUUGAAACAGAGCUGAAAGAAGAGUCUCAAAGGAAGAAAGUGCAGGAGAUAAAUCACCAAAAGGCUACUCACAAAAUCGAGGAGUUAGAAAUGACAAACCAACGGCUUGAACAAGAACUAUAUGUCAACAAAAAGCGAUUAGAAAUGGAGGCUCUGGCAACCAAACAGGCUUUAGAAGACCACAGCAUCCGCCAUGCAAGAAUACUGGAAGCUUUAGAGACUGAGAAACAAAAAAUUGCCAAGGAAGUACAAAUUCUACAGCAAAAUCAGAAUAAUAGGGAUAAAACUUUUGCCGUUCAGCCAAACUGGAGUUCCAUGAAGCUCUCAAUGAUGAUUCAGGAAGCCAAUGCCAUCAGCAACAAAUUAAAAAAAUACUAUGUUUUCAGUAGACAUGAUUUACCAGAGAAAGGAAGUAGUUUUGGCAUAUCUAUUCGGGUUCGUAACCUGCAACUAGGAAUCUCAACUUUCUGGAGUUUGGAAAAGUUUGAAUCUAAGCUAGCAGCAAUGAAAGACCUUUACGAGAGUAAUAGUAGUAGCAAGAGUGAAGAUGUCUUUUGUGACCCUGGAGAUGAAUGGGAACCUGACAUUACAAAUAUACCAGUUUCUUCAUUUUCUAGAAGGAGGAGCAGGAGUUUGAUGAAAAACAGAAGAAUUUCUGGUUGUUUACAAGACAUACAAGUCCACCCAAUACAAAAAUUGCAUUCUUCACAUUCAUCAGGUUUAAUGGAAAAAUCAAGCACCAUUUACUCAAAUUCAGCAGAAUCAUUUCUUCCUGGAAUUUGCAAAGAAUUGAUUUGUUCAUCAUUAGAUUUUCUUGGACAGAGUCAUGAUGAAGAAAAAACACUGGCAGACAGCCUGAUUACUAAUUUUCUUAAAAUUUAUAAUGGACUAUUUUGCAUUUCCAAAGCUUAUGAGGAACAAGAUGAAGAAAGUCAAGAGAACUUGCUCUCAUCUGAUCGAGCAAGCCAGUCGCUCAUUCUCCAGGUCACGUGUGCUUUUUGGCACCUUGCGGUGCUACUCAAGCACUGGCUGAGUGACAUCCCACCUUCGACCAGCACCGCAAGACUCGGGGAUGAAUUGAGACAGGAAGUCACAAAACUAGGAAGCUACUUUCAGUUAUUUUUGCAGGGAUGCUGUUCAGAGAUCCCAUCAAUGGUAAAGGAGGCUCAAACGAAAGUUGCCCAGAUUGUACGACAGGCUGUGAGAUGCGUGGGGCAGCUGGCAGCCCUUACGGGGAGCAGGCUGUGCGCCCCGGGCAGCAGUGACAGGGCUGCUGGUGUCCAGGAGGAUUUCAUGGAUGCUUUUGAUGACGGUGUAGACUUAGGAAUGAAGAUUCUAUUAGAUUCUAUAAUAGAAAAAGCCAAAGAACUUCAGCAUGAACUUUUAAAUCAGUGUAUCCAAAGUGAGGUUACCACACAAAUGAAAGCUCAUGCUGUAGGGUUGGCCCGGUCUCUGGAAAACCUCUUUGCUGAGUGGAAAACAAAAAGUUUCAAAACUCAAGUACAAGAAGAAAAUCCUGCAUACCAUGAUUUGAAGAUCACCAAUCUUGCCCCAAAAUUCUUGAAGUUAAAACAUUGCUUAGAGCAAGCUAUUCAAGUUGUUAUUUCUACACUGAAAGGGUGCCACAGUGACGUAAAUCUUCUCAGGAACUGUGUGGAAUGUAUCUGCUCACUGGCCAGGGAUGUUGGACGUGAUUGUGUUGUGCACUCCCCUUCACUUGACAACUGUGACCUCAGGGAACUAGAAUCUCUAGCCAAGUCGCUCCUCUUAUGUUUUGAAUCUGAAGAAAGACCUGCUUUGUUGAAGCCUUGGGAGACCAGUGAUAAGCAUUCCAGAGGAGGAAGAGGACACCCAUCACCUAGCUCAAGCAGGGCUGCCUCCAGCAGGGUCAGGGGUGUACCGAAGCGUGUCUAUGAGCUCCAGGGCUCAGCUUCAGCGGGUUCAGAGGAAUGCACAGCGAGGGGCACUCAGUGGGUGUGAGGAGUGUGAGGGCUGAUGCACAGGCGUGGGACAGUGACAGGGCACUGGGCCUUCUAAGUGAGAAAUCAACACGUAUAUUGCAAAGAAGUCCACGUUUGUGGGGUCAUCCGUGGGGUCUGAAUAGUCUAAGCUUCAUGGAAUCCUAAUUUCAGGGUGCCUGGACCUGCCCUCCGAAGUGUCUCAGCAGACAGUGUUUACCAUAAAUAGGGGUUGGAACGUUGUCAUAAUAGAAUGAAAUUUGGAGUUUAAAACCUACUGAAGGGUUAUUUCUCUGGCUUCACCUUCCCUUUAAUUUUAAAUAUUGAUCUUUAACGUUGAUAUACUAGCCUGUUUAUGAAUAAUUAUUUUUCUCAUGUGUAAAAAGCCUAAGCAGUCAGUUACCUUUGUUACCUGUACCUUCUCUCUGAGAUUUAGGGGGACAUUACCCACAUAAAUUUAAGGAGGUUUAACUUGUGUCAUUAAAUCCACAACUCUGUUGAAGGGUAAACUGCCAUUUUGAGUAGUGUGCUCAAGGGAAGUUUCCUUUUUUUCCCCCCCAAGUAUCAUUACAUACUUAUUAGUAAUAUGACUUACCAGUGUGAUAGUUAAUCUGUGCCAUCGUGGUGGACACUGUCUGACUAUAAUUUAAAGCUAGUUUAGUACUGCCAGCGCAGAGGCUGGAGUUUUGCUUGUUUUGUUAAAGGUGUAAUGAAGAGUUUGUUCAUGAUUUGUUAAAGAUUCAAGAUCCUUCUGAUGUUUCAGUUAAGAAGAAAACAUGUGUCUACCAUCAAGUGCUAAUGCUGAUACUCUUUGGGGGGAUCUUACAUUAAGAAAUAGUUUGACAUCUUUGACCGCAAGCUUAUGUGUGAUGUGAACAGACACUGAGUCAUUCUGUUGGGGUGUGGGUGAUAGCUGGCAGUUUCUAAGGAACGAUUGUUUCCUUCUUAGCUGACCUGAUCCUUUCCUUCGCCCUUUGCACUUGCAGGUACCAAUAGCACAUUGGCAAAACUAGGGAAAACUGGCUGUUAGUAUCAGGAAACAAUUUGGUGAUUCCUUGUUGGGGGGGAGGUUGUAAAUAAACACAGUGAGAACAAUAUUAAUGAACCAUGUACAGGUAUUUAAGAUGGUGCAAUGCAGCAAAUUUGCUUUCAUUUUCCUUUUUAAUGUUUGGCAUUUGAGCUUGUUUUCUUUCUGAAUACAAGUUCCCCGUGUGUGUAUAUAUUUAUCGGUAGUAUUCAGCCAUGCAGCACUUGAUAUCAAGUUUCCUGAGGUAGAGCUGUCACAGAAGGCCUUCUGGGGGGGAGCUCACUGAUGGAUGCCCUCAUGGAACAGAGUAGGCGUUUUCAUCUCUACAGUCUUUAUUGAGUCGUUCUCCUUUCUCGUGACUGUGUUGGUCAGAAACCUUUUAAUGUUGUAAAAUUUUGUAUAUUUAUAUUUAUACUCAAGUAAAUUGUUAGAUAGUAUUUGAAUGAAUGCUAUUAGAAUCAUGUGCACUAGUAAAAUGUUAUAAAGGGAACGCCUCUAAUCUUUCCAGCCUCAGAAUUAUCUCUUGGUCUAAGGUUUUAAAAUUUUACUGAUUAUCUUUUCUUG